AUGUUUCUCACAUUCGUUCGUACCGCGUGCGCGCGCCCACUGGCUCCGGCCGAACGACUCACGCACGCCGAGGCGACGCCGAGGCGUUUGAAGUUGGACUCGUCCCAGUCGGCGACGACGACGUCGUUUCCAUCGCGCACGCGAGGCUUCGCGCUUCGCACGCGCGCGCAGGCGAACGCCGACGAUGCAUCCGAGGUGCCUAGGAAGAAGACGCGCGCGGACGUCUUUGAAUCGCUCAAGAAUCAACCACUGAGUGGGACAAAGUACAAAUCCACCGGAGCGUUUCAACCGACGCGCGUGGACGACGCCAAAGCGCAAAUCGUGCGAUUUCUCGAAUACAAACCGCGCACGCGUAAGGAGUUAUUUGAUAAAUUGACGAUCGAUAAGGGAUACGAGGCUGAGGAUGCGAACGAGGCGUUGGAUGCUAUGCAACGCGCGGGGGUGCAAAGCGACGCCGCGUACGCAGAGGCGUUCGCGAGGUACAAGUGGAGAAACUCGAGAUGGGCGGCGUGGCGCGUGCGAGGGGCGCUGCGACAGAAAGGCGUGGAUGAUCGAGACAUAGACUUAGGAUUUGGGCCCGUGUUCGCGGAGGGUGGGGCCAUAAAGAUUGAUUUAUUUGAAGACGACGAGGACGACGACGAGGACGACGACGAGGACGACGAGGAAAAUUUAGAACGAACGCGGGCAAAGGAACUCUUGCAGGCAGCUCGAACGCAGUUUAAGAGGAAUAAACGCGGAGACUUUCAGGCGCGCGUAAGACGUCUGAUGGCUUGGCUCGAACGGCGCGGACACGGCGGUUCGGUGAUUCGCGAUAUCGUCACCGUGUUGAAGCGAGAAGAGGAGUACUCGGACGACGACGAAGACGACGGCGCGUUGCACUUUGACGAUUAG